CAAAGCUGACAGCGCUGUCUCUUCUGUUACAGGGUUCGCUUGUAGAGCUGUCGCCUGGAAUGGUAUUUUCACCAUGAGUCAACAGGGCUACGUGGCGACCCCCCCCUACUCCCAGGCGCAGUCUGGGAUGGGCCUCACUCCACCGCUGUACGGCCACUACGGGGACCCCUCUCACGCAGGGGCUCCGCCAGGUGCCAUGAAGCCAGCAGGGCCCAUGGGGGCCGCGCCCGGGGGGGUGCUACCUCCGGGCCCCCCGCCCCCUGGACCACAUCAGUUUGGCCAGAAUGGAGCUCAUGCCCAGGGUCAUCCUCCCCAGAGAUUCCCAGGCCCUCCACCUGCCAGUGGUGCGCCACCCUCCUAUGCCCCUUAUCCACCCGCGACACAGUCAUCGUAUCCGAGUCCGCUGCCCCCAGCAUCCGUCUCCCAGCUGGGCCGCCAGCUCGACACCAUGCACAUCAGCUACGGUUCCGGCAUGGCUCCCCCCGGCCAGGGGCCCCCGGGCUCCCAGUCCGCACCCUCGGGCCAGGGUCCUCCGCCACCUCUGCAGCCGUCCAUUUUGCAGCCUGGGUCUCAGGUUCUCCCCCCACCGCCCACCACACUGAACGGCCUGGGUGCACCGCCCAUGCCUCCGCCCGGCCCAGCGCCUCCGAAUGCCCAGCUGCAGCCCCCGCCUCUUCCAGGACAGACCCUGGGCAGUGGAUACCCCCCGCAGCAGGGCAACUAUGGCCCCCAGAUGCCAGGCGCGCAGCUGGCAUACCCCGGAGGGUUCCCCGGAGGGCCUGCGCAGAUGGCGGGCCCGCCCCCGCCCCAGAGGAAGUUGGAUCCUGACGCCGUGCCCAGCCCAAUCCAGGUGAUUGAGAACGACCGGGCCACCAGAGGAGGGCAGGUGUAUGCCACCAGCACCAGAGGCCAGGUCCCGCCCCUGGUCACCACGGAUUGCGUGGUGCAAGAUCAAGGCAACGCCAGUCCUCGCUACAUCCGCUGCACGACCUACUGCUUCCCGUGCACGGCCGACAUGGCCAAGCAGGCCCAGAUCCCCUUGGCCGCCGUCAUCACGCCCUUCGCCACAGUGCCUUCCAACGAGACGCCCCUCUACCUGGUGAACCACGGGGAGGCGGGGCCCGUGCGCUGCAACCGCUGCAAAGCCUACAUGUGCCCCUUCAUGCAGUUCAUCGAGGGCGGCCGGCGCUUCCAGUGCGGCUUCUGCAGCUGCGUGAACGAAGUCCCGCCGUUCUACUUCCAGCAUCUGGACCACGUCGGCCGGCGGCUGGACCACGGCGAGAGGCCGGAGCUGUCGCUGGGGUCCUACGAGUACGUGGCCACGUUGGAUUACUGCAGAAAGAACAAGCCUCCCAACCCUCCCGCCUUCAUCUUCAUGAUCGACGUGUCCUACAGCAACAUCAAGAGCGGGCUGGUGCGGCUCAUCUGCGAAGAGCUGAAGACCGUGCUGGAGAGGCUGCCCAGGGAGGAGCCCGAGUUGCCGUCCGCCGUCCGCGUGGGCUUCGUCACCUACAACAAAGUGCUCCACUUCUUCAAUGUCAAGAGCAACCUGGCGCAGCCGCAGAUGAUGGUGGUGACCGACGUGGGCGAGGUCUUCGUGCCCCUGCUGGACGGCUUUCUCGUCAACUAUCAGGAGUCCCAGUCUGUGAUUCACAACUUACUGGACCAGAUCCCGGAGAUGUUCGCCGACUCCAACGAGAAUGAGACUGUCUUCGCGCCUGUCAUCCAGGCCGGCAUGGAGGCCCUGAAGGCCGCCGACUGCCCCGGGAAGCUGCUCAUCUUCCACUCCUCCCUGCCCACGGCCGAGGCCCCCGGGAAGCUGCGCAACAGGGACGACAAGAAGCUGAUCAACACGGACAAGGAGAAGGUGGGUGCCAGCUGCCCCGCAGCGCCCCACCCGCUCUCGGGGUGCAGGAGGCUGAGGGUCACAGUCACGGAGGAAGCGUCCUGUCCUGGAGACACUGCUGUGAGCUGCAGUCACACUGAGUUCCUCUCCCCCAGCCAGUACGUGGACGUGGCCUCCUUGGGCCUCGUGCCUCAGCUCACGGGAGGGACCCUUUACAAGUACAACAACUUCCAGAUGCACUUGGACAGCCCGCAGUUUCUGAGUGACCUCAGGAACGACGUUGAGAAGAAGAUCGGCUUCGACGCGAUCAUGCGGGUGCGCACGAGCACAGGUUUCCGAGCCACUGACUUCUUCGGCGGGAUCGUCAUGAACAACACGACCGACGUGGAGAUGGCGGCCAUCGACUGCGACAAGGCGGUGACGGUGGAGUUCAGGCACGACGACAAGCUCAGUGAGGACAGCGGGGCCUUGAUCCAGUGCGCCGUGCUCUACACCACCAUCGGCGGGCAGCGGAGGCUGCGCAUCCACAACCUGGCCCUGAGCUGCAGCGCGCAGCUGGCCGACCUCUACAAGAGCUGCGAGACGGACGCCCUCAUCAACUUCUUCGCCAAGUCAGCUUUCAAGGCAGUUCUGCACCAGCCCCUGAAGCUCAUCCGGGAGAUCCUGGUCAACCAGACCUCGCACAUGCUGGCGUGUUACCGCAAGAACUGUCGGAGCUCCUCAGCAGCGUCUCUCUUGCAGCUCAUCUUGCCGGACUCCAUGAAGGUGCUGCCCGUGUACAUGAACUCCCUGCUGAAGAGCUGCGUGCUGCUCAGCCGACCCGACAUCCCCACGGACGAGCGGGCCUUCCAGCGGCAGCUGGUCAUGACCAUGGGCGUGGCCGACUCGCAGCUCUUCUUCUACCCGCAGCUCCUGCCCAUACACACGGCGGUCACCCAGAGCCCGAUGUUCCUGUGGCUGGGAGCCAGCAGCCCCCCCGAGCUCAUCCAGGGCAUAUUCAACGUGCCCUCCCUGGCGCAUGUCAGCGCGGACAUGACGGUCCUGCCCGAGGUGGGAAGCCCGCAUUCCCAGACGCUGCGGGCGAUCGUGGGUGCUCUCCAGCGUAAGCGGCCCUACUCAAUGAAGCUGGUGAUCGUGAAGCAGCGGGAGCAGCCGGAGAUGGCAUUCCGGCAGCUGCUGGUGGAGGACAAGGGGCUGGAUGGAGGCCCGUCCUACAUGGACUUCCUGUGCUGCCUGCACAAGGGCGUCUGCCAGCUGCUCAACUGAUGCCACCUCGCACCCGACUCCCGGCACAGGCAGCAGCUACGCGGGUUGGCUGUUUGGGCAG